GCGCGGAGCCCCAUUGCAGCCUGCGCUGCGGGCUGGGGAAGGAAGAGCCCCAUUGCACAAGCAGGGCCCGGCCUGGCUGAUGGUGCGAGGUGUGCGGGCGGCAGGGGGGACCCAGCCCGGCCGGAGGGGGCAGCGAGGGGCCGGGGCUGCGGUGCCCGCCGCCUGAUUUGACAGCGCCAGGCGGCGGGGGGCGGGGAGGAGGCAGAGGAAGCAACAUGUGCAGCGGCGGCCGCGGCUCGCGGGGCUGAGGCAGAGGCUGAGGCUGAGACAGAGGCAGAGACAGAGGCAGGGGCAGCGGCAGCGGCAGCAGCAGGGCAGGGCAGGGCAGGGCAGCGGCGCGGAGCUGGGCGCGGGGGGCGGCCGAGCCAUGCGGCAGGCGCCGCGCGCCAGGAGCGGGGGGAGCGCCCCGGCCGCGCGCUGCAUCGCCGCCGCCCGGGCCCCCUAGCGCCAGCCCCGGCGGCCGUGCCCGCAGCCGGCUAGGGGUCGGGGCCGCCAGGCGCUGCAGCCCGGCCACCUGCUGCAGGCCACGCGGCGCGGGCGUCCCUGCCGCCCGGCCCCGGGACCCGCUGCCCCCUGGCCCCAGGGGCCGCAGCGGUGCUGCCCGGGGGCCCAGCCCGGAGGGCCGUGAGGCACAGCGGUCCCUCCCUCCUCCCGCGGCGGCGGCGGGGUGCAGGGCUGGGGGAGGCAAAGUGUGAGGCGAAGGCGCCGCUUGGCCUUCCCACAGCUAGUUUGUGCAGCGGGACGGUGCCCGCGGCGCGGAGCCCGGCCGGCCCCGGGCAUCCUCCGUCCCCGCGCGCUGCGGCCCCUGCCCUGCCCUGCCCUGCCCUGCCCUGCCCUGCCCGCAGCCGCUCUGCUCUCCUCGCGGCUCGCGUGCAGCAGGGCGCCAGCCUGCCCGCCCGGGGUCUCCGUGUGGCUGGCACGUCUUGGUGAGGAGCUCGGGAGAUGGCGGAAAAGCUGGCCCCCGGGGAUUUCUUUCUCAGGAAAACCAGGGAGUCGGUGUCCUCCCUGGACUCGGAUAAGCUGGCCCCAGUGUCUCCGGAGGGGGUUGGUGAAGAGUCCUCUGACAGCGACGGGGAGCAGGAGGGCAGCUCCCACAAGCUCAUCAGGAAGGUCUCGACCUCAGGGCAGAUGAGGAGCAAGAAGAGUGUGAAGGAGGGGCUGUUACUGAAGCAGACAAGCUCCUUCCAGAGGUGGAAGAGGAGAUACUUCAAGCUGCGGGGGCGGACACUGUAUUAUGCCAAGGACUGCAAGUCACUGAUCUUUGAUGAGGUGGACCUGUCUGAUGCCAGUGUGGCAGAGACGAGCACCAAGAACAUUAACAACAGUUUCACAGUGAUCACACCAUUCCGAAAACUCAUCCUGUGUGCAGAGAACCGGAAAGAGAUGGAAGACUGGAUCGGUGCCCUCAAAUCGGUCCAGAAGUGGGAAAUCAAUGAGGCCACGCAAUUCAACAUGGAGCACUUCUCUGGCAUGCACAACUGGUACGCUUGCUCCCAUGCCCGGCCCACCUUCUGCAACGUGUGCCGGGAAGCCCUGUCUGGGGUCACCUCCCAUGGCCUCUCCUGUGAAGUUUGUAAGUUCAAGGCCCACAAGCGCUGUGCUGUGAGAGCCACCAACAACUGCAAGUGGACAACACUGGCCUCCAUAGGAAAUGAAAUUAUUGAGGAUGAAGAUGGGGUGGCCAUGCCCCAUCAGUGGCUGGAGGGGAACCUGCCCGUGAGUGCUCGGUGCGCUGUGUGUGACAGGACCUGUGGGAGUGUCCGGAGGCUGCAGGACUGGCGGUGCCUCUGGUGCAAGGCCAUUGUUCACAGCGCCUGCAGAGAGCUCUUUGGGAAGAAAUGCCCCCUGGGACAGUAUAAGGUCUCCAUAAUCCCACCCACUGCCUUGAAUAGCAUUGAUUCUGAUGGCUUCUGGAAGGCCACCUGCCCCUCCUCCUGCUCCAGUCCCCUUCUGGCCUUUGUCAACUCCAAGAGCGGCGACAACCAGGGCGUGAAGUUCCUGCGGAAAUUCAAGCAGUUCCUCAACCCAGCACAAGUCUUUGACUUGAUGAAUGGUGGUCCUCACCUAGGGCUUCGUCUCUUCCAGAAGUUCUCCACCUUCCGUAUCCUGGUCUGCGGGGGAGAUGGGAGCGUGGGCUGGGUUCUGUCCGAAAUUGAUGCACUGGGAUUGCACAAGCAAUGCCAGCUUGGUGUCCUGCCACUGGGGACUGGCAAUGACUUGGCACGGGUGCUGGGCUGGGGCAGUCUGUGUGAUGAUGACACCCAGCUGCUGCAAAUUCUGGAGAAGCUGGAGAGGGCAACCACGAAGAUGCUGGACAGGUGGAGUGUGCUGACCUAUGAGAUGCCUAAGCAGUCACCCCUGCCCACUAAGGAGGAGGAGAAUGGGGACUCCAACAUCCAGGCCCAGAUCUCCCACUAUGCCGACUCUGUGGCCUUCCACCUGGCAAAGAUCCUGGAGUCCGAUAAGCACUCGGUCGUGAUUUCCUCUGCAAAGUUCCUGUGCGGGACUGUGAACGACUUUGUGGCGGAGGUCGGGAAGGCCUAUAAGCGAGCCACCGAGAACAAGCAGGAGGCUGACGUGAUGGCCAAGAAGUGUGCCAUGUUGAAUGAGAAGCUGGACUCCUUGGUGCGGGAGCUGAAUGAUGAAUCGCAGGCGAUAGUUGUCCCCGAGGGGAGCUCACAGGCUGCCCUGCCUGGUCCUGGAGGCAAGGACAAUAGCAAGGGUGGCAGUUUCAACCCCAGCCCUAUGCCCAGGAUCUUCAAAUCUAAGGAGCAACUCAUGCUGAGAGCCAAUAGCCUCAAGAAGGCCCUGAGACAGAUCAUUGAGCAGGCAGAGAAAGCGGUAGAUGAGCAGAACAGGCAGACACAGGCCUAUCGGAGCAUCUCGGCUUCUAGCAAGAAGGACAGCUCGGAGGAUUUCAACAAAGAAACCGAAAGGCUCAGCUCCCGACGGGAGACAGUCACCUCCACAACCUCCUCCAUCAUUCUAGACAGGCCUGACAGCUUCAGCACCAUCCACUUCACAGAGGACCCCAACACCAUACAAUUCUCUGAAAAAUGUGUGAUGAACAACUACUUUGGCAUCGGGCUGGAUGCUAAGAUCUCUUUGGAGUUCAACAACAAGCGGGACGAGCACCCCAAAAAAUGCAGCAGUCGCACCAAGAACAUGAUGUGGUAUGGAGUGCUGGGAACCAAGGAACUUCUCCAGAGGACUUAUAAAAACCUGGAGCAGCGAGUCCAGUUGGAGUGUGACGGCGUGUCCAUCUCCUUGCCCAGCUUGCAGGGGAUUGCAGUGCUCAACAUCCCCAGCUAUGCUGGUGGCAUCAACUUCUGGGGAGGCACCAAGGAGGAUAAUAACUUUGGGGCCCCCUCGUUUGAUGACAAGAAGCUGGAGGUGGUUGCUGUCUUUGGCAGCAUCCAGAUGGCGGUGUCUCGAGUCAUCAACCUGCAGCACCACCGCAUUGCCCAGUGUCGAAUGGUUAAGAUCACCAUCCGGGGUGACGAGGGUGUCCCAGUGCAAGUGGAUGGAGAAGCCUGGAUCCAGCCCCCAGGGAUCAUCAAAAUCCAGCACAAGAACCGAGCCCAGAUGCUAACGCGGGACAGGGCCUUCGAGAGCACCCUGAAGUCAUGGGAGGAUAAGCAGAAAGGCGAGAGCUACAGAACCACAGCACGACCCCGCCUCAAUUCCCAGCAGUCCAUGGAGUACCUGACCGACGAGGAGUAUGGCCACAUGCAGCAGCUCGCCCAGGCCGCAGAAACGCUCAUUACCAGGAUCCGUGAGGCAGCCAAGACCCACAAAGCCAUUGAACAAGAGCUGGCCCAUGCUGUGAAUGCCAGCUCCCUGGCACUGAAUGAGGCCCUGCCCAGCAAGACAAGCAGCAGCCCUGAGUUCCUGAGCAGAAACACAGCGGUGGACAUGUCCAUGAGCAUCAAAGCCCUCUACACUGAAACCAGGGCUUUUCUGGAAGGAAAACUGCAGCUGGACUCUCCACAGCAGGAGGAGGGGCUGCAGAGUGCCCUGAACACCAUCAGCCAGGAACUGCAGAAGCUUCUUGAUAUCCACUGGUUGGCACCCAUCAUCAAUUCUGCUGAGGAGGAGAGCUCGGGGAAUACCAACAAGGGCAGUCUCAAGUUACGGAUUAACAUUCCCAAGCCCAAGAAGGACAAGGAGAAGGUUCAGAAGCUGAAACCCAGCAGUGUCAUCCCAGUGGACAAGUGGGGCGCUGAGGAGGUUGCAGCUUGGCUGGACGUGCUUGGUUUAGGGGAAUACAAAGACAUUUUUAUCCGCCAUGACAUCCAGGGCUCAGAGCUGAUCCUGCUGGAGAGAAGAGACUUGAAGGACCUUGGGAUAACAAAAGUGGGCCACAUGAAGAGGAUUCUCCAGGGAAUUAAAGAGAUCAGUAGCCACCUCUAGAGACACUGAGAAAGCAAAACAAAAUGGAUUGCUAGGGAAAGUCCAACCUCUAGGUGGGAUGCCUACAUCCCUCAGCCUAGAACCAGCAUUCCAGAACUCUAAACACGUGGACAGACGUCUGUUCUUGUGCGCAUUUGUUCCUGGUAUGAACAGUGUCGCAGCAAGUGGCCCAGACCGGGAGGCUGUGGAACCCUCACACUAGAACACUUUUCGUCAGCGCUCCAAAGCAGCCCGCGGUGGACGUCACAUUUCCAUGUUCGCCAAAGAUGAUUGGUUUGCGCACACGUGUGUGUUCCCUUUAUGUUCUGGGUUUCUGUGCUUGAAUGGCUUCUGUUCAGCAGUUUAUCUCCAUGCAUACCUCUGACUUGGAAGAAAGAACCAACCACAAUAGGUAUGGUUUGGGGUCCUCCUGCUUUUUGGAGCAGCUCUUAUCCAUUUAGCUGGCUAAUUCUGGGCAAAGCUGCUAAAGACACUGGAGUGCUAAAAAAGCAAGUAGUGCAAUGUCAAGUGAGAAUGAGCUGUCUGUGAAAUGGACUGAUCUGUGAAACCAUGAUGCCAGCUGGGGCCCUAAGGACAUAUGCAUUAGACUGAAUGCUCUCUGAACCUAGGCACUUUCAUGUCCUCCUUCCUAAAAAGGCAGCAUUUCCUUCUAGAGCCAUGAGAAUAUGGUUACAAAGGCAGCCCCAUAACUUUUCUACUCAUUGUUCCAAAGCUGUGAGCCUUGUUGGACUAAGAAGCAAAAUACACUCCACACCCCAUUCUGGAAGAGUACAUUUUUGGUCUGGCAGUCCUCGCUUUACCAACCAUGGUCCAAAGGCAGCUCAGACCAGCGUCAUGCAUCUGUACAGUUUCCAAAGCCAGGCAGGAGUCUAGUUCUGGCUAGGGUAAUUCAAGAAGCUCUGAAUUGUGCUACUGACCCUCCUCCAACAGCUUUGUGAAGCAUUGGAUUUUCUGUGGAGAUCAACAGACCUUGCUCCUUGGCUGUUAAGUGCUUGCUGAACUUUCUUUUCUCCUUGGUUUGGCUGUUUGAAGUUAGAGAAGCAGAGACAAUAAAAGUGCCUCCAUAGGCACAUCAGCUCAGAAAAUAACAUUGUUUCUCCCACUUUGAAGAUCAAGACUGUUGGGUUCCAAAACCAGAGGCUAAUCCUAGGAGACACAGUGUAUCCCAACUCCCUUGGAGGUCAGCAAGUGAUAGAGGCCUGGUUAACAUCCCUGAGCACCUGCUAGGCUCACGCCCUUGUUUCCAUAUUUCUCCAGAAUCUUCUAUUGUCCACCUGACCUGAGGGUGGCUGAUAUCUUCUGCCAUUUUGCACUAUUCAGACAGCUCUGUUAAGUGGAAAAUGGCUCCCUGGAUUUCAAGCCUGUUAGGAGACAUCCACCCACCUUGAGCCAUGUGGCAGUAGGGGAAUGGGUCUUUGCAGACAUCAGCGCUGUGACAGGGCUCACAUGGGCUGGAGAACUGUCCGACAUUUCAGCAUGGAGACUCUGAACAUUGUUCCUACUGAACUAUGCCAAAAAAGAUCCACUCCCACAUUCCAGCCAUAGAAUUUACAACUUAUUUAAACUCUGUAAAUAGUUUCUGAGAGAGAAGAUAUUUAUUUCAGCAAGUUGUUAAAAGCUUAAUUUAUUCUAUUCUGGGCUGAACUGGAUUGGCUUGGUGCAGAACAUGUUCAGUCCCCACCCUGCCUUUGGCAAUGACAGGCCACUGUGCUUCUUCCACUACCACUCGCACUGCACCCACCAGCCACAAAACCUUUCCCUUUUGGUUGGCACUUUGCUGGGAAAAAAUGUCCCGCUCAAUCAGCUAAGCAUCCCCACGGUUCUCAAAACAGUGCUGUGGUAGGCACAGGGCAAAAUGUUUCACUUUCCAAAAAUGACUUCAAAAGACAGUUUUUGUGCAGGGGUGAUGGUAUUUUUGCUUCAGCUCUACCAUUAACUCAUUGCCAUGGCUCUAAGAGUCCAUUAUACCUUCCCCAUUGCCUGGAAAGGGAGAGAGAAAAAUCAUUUUGAAAGCCAAGUCCACAUUUUCAAGCAGUUGCCUGCUUGUGGUGUGUGGCUGGAGAGGCCUGGUAUCAUUUUUUUCCAGAGGGCCUGAGCCUUUAUAACUCCUGCUCUCCUUGGCUGGUGGCAUGGGGGCCUACUGCCUGUGAAACUUAAACUUAUGGUGUCUCUCACUAAGCACCCAUAACAGGUGGCCCCCUUCUGAAGAUGUCAGCUAUAGCAUUUGCACUAAAGCUUCCACAUGUUGCAGUAACAGGGCUGUCAUGCAAUGUCCUGCUUUGAGCUUUGUCCUGAAGGGCUGGUUCUUUUGGAGAUGACAUGUGGGCUGUAGCUGACUCUAGUUCACUGGCAAUGCUGGUCUCGGAUGGCAGUAGCAUUGGUGCAGCAUUUUCUGUAGUAACAUCUUGGCCUUGUAUGUAAUUCUUUAGGAGCUGCUCAAUGCUGAUAUGUUUUGCUGCAGGACCAUAUGGUCCCUGGUGGCUGCAGGCUGGGAGGUGGUGAAAGCAAAUGAACAAAGGGGCCAGAGCUGCCACAGAGGUUGGUUUGCAAAACAGUUUGCUCCCACCUGCCUCAAUCGCCCAGGCUGCCAUCACUUCUUUACUAAGCCAACUGUGUGGCCUUUGCACAUGCCUCUAGGAUCCUGACCAGGAGGUGACCGGAGCCAAACCCUCCCAGCCUCAGCAAUGCUGCUGUUACUACAAGGUAUAAACACAGUAGCCAUGGACAUGUUGGAGGCAGGAGGACCUGUGUGUUAACAACAGUGGGCACACAGCCUUGCACCAAAUCACUUACAAAUGUAUUGUACUAUAAGAGCCUGGGUGCUUGGGCUACUGCUCCUUAGAGAAAUGAUUUUAGGCCCAGUCCUUGGGGCUCUGAUUUGUAAAUUUGUUUCCCAAGAUACUUUUGCUGCAUUGGGCCCCAUGUGAGCCUGAGCCUGUGCCAUGUGUGGGUGAGGCUGGGGUGUGUGUGUAUAUAGCGAGACAUCUGGUCCAAGCCGUCCCCAGGUGGCUGGGAGCACCUGCCCCUGGAAUAGGCUAGCAGCCCUGACGCUCACCCCUUAUGCUGUGACCUGUGAAGCAAUGGGUGCUUUGUCUUGUACAUGAAGUCAAGGGGUGGGAGGGUGUAAAUAGAGGGGUGGGGCUUUGUUUUCAGAGACCUUCCAGGAGGCAGUUGCUGGCCCUUGUGAUCCUAGAGCUGCAGGGAGGGGAGUGGUGCCUGGGGUGUGGGGGAAGGCUGGACUGGUGUGGAUGCUCAUAGUGUGCUCUACUCCCCCACCCUUCUGCCCUAAGCCCAUGCACCAUUCUCAGGCCUAUUCCAGUGACCUGGGAUGGGCACAGUCCCUCCUCUCCCUUUGCAGUCAUCCACACUGAUGCAAAAUGAGCCUAAAACCUGCCAGCAGUGACUAUGUAGAAUGCAGGAUAAUGGAGACUCCAGGCCAGACACUGGGGGCAAGGGACUUAGAGCUUUUAUUCUUGGUGGAAGCAGUGUGCAGAGGGCUAUUUUCUCCUGCUUCAACCCCCAUCCUGCAGGACAGGUCAGAGACUAAAGGGCAUUAACUGCUGCUCCCUUCAGGCUGCCGCAUUCUACUGGACAGCACAAUGGUGUCACUGCCAGCAGAAAUCAGCUGCACAUAGGCAGAGCUUUUCUGGCCCAGCCCUUUGCUCUGAUAGUGCCAGCUUUGGGGUGCUCUGCCUUUCCCUAGCUGGGAGGCCAGAACCAUAAACUGCCCAGUUUUGUUUUAAAAGGGAGUUGACUUGUGCCAGGUGUUGGCAAGAACAGCUCCUUCCUUGCUGUAAAUUAAGCUAUGCCAACGUAAGGGUUUGUUCCCCACUCUCAACACCAUCCCCAGCUGCCCCAGGAAUGAGAUGGUGUGUAACUGGGCUGCUCUACUGCCAAACUCGCCAGUACUCUGGGGCACUUGUGAAAGCUCUUUUUGUGGCUUUGUGUUGGCUUCUGUUCUUCCACGGGUCCGGGAAGAGGAGCUCAGCUGAGAGAAGCAGCAGUAGCUGAGGCAAUUAGAAACCCUGUCAACCCGCCCUACCAUUGUGCUUGAUUGCGUCUUGGCCUCUUCUGUAGUUGAUGGGUGAAUGUAAUGCAGUGGCUGGUGGGUGUGCUCUGGCUCUGAGGUUUUCAUUUUUUUUUAAUGUGAAAGAUUAAAAAGGAUGGAAAAUUAA